AUGGUUUUACUAUACAUGCUUCUAGUUGCGCUCAUUGACGAUGUGGUAGGACAUACAACUAAACUCCCACAUCCAUUAUCAGACGAAUUCAUCAAUUUAAUUAAUUCAAAACAAACUACAUGGAGAGCCGGCCGUAACUUUCACGUGAAUACUCCGAUGGAACACAUCAAGAGACUAAUGGGGACGAUAACCGAUGACAAUUUGAAGAGGUUGCCAGUUGUAAUGCAUACACAGGAGUUAAUUGAUAGUCUUCCUGAUAAUUUUGAUCCCAGAGAUAAGUGGCCUAAUUGUCCUACGCUAAAUGAAAUAAGAGACCAAGGAGGUUGCGGAAGUUGUUGGGCUUUCGGAGCCGUUGAAGCAAUGACUGAUCGUGUCUGCACUUAUUCUAAUGGAACGAAAAAUUUUCACUUCUCUGCUGAUGAUUUAGUAAGUUGUUGUUCUAAUUGUGGCGAUGGUUGCAACGGCGGCUUCCCGGCAGCUGCCUGGGAAUACUGGAAGGAAGUAGGUAUAGUCUCUGGUGGUCCUUAUAAUUCAAAUCAAGGGUGCAGACCAUAUGAAAUACCACCAUGUGAACAUAGCUUGUCCGGGAACAGAAAGUCGUGCAAUGACGAAGUACAGACUCCUAAAUGCAAGAGGACCUGCGAAGAUAGCUACAACAUCGAUUACAAGAACGACAAGAGGUACGGCAAGCACAUUUACUCUGUCGAAUCUGAUGAAAACCAAAUCAGAGCCGAACUGUUCAAAAAUGGCCCAGUAGAGGCUGGGUUCACCGUCUACUCUGAUUUUAUUACAUACAAAGAUGGCGUUUACACACAUACACAAGGAAACAUUUUGGGUGGUCACGCUGUUAAAAUUAUUGGUUGGGGUAUUGAUAAUGGUACCAAAUAUUGGUUAAUAGCAAAUUCAUGGAAUACCGAUUGGGGAAACUUAAAUGGUUUCUUCAAAAUACUUCGCGGAGAAAACCAUUGUGAUAUUGAGAGCUCUGUUGUUGCUGGUGAACCGUUAUUACUGAAUAAUUAA